AUGGUUACAAUUACGGCAACAAAAAAAUUGCCACAAUCAAUAGAACAAGCGACACAGUCUGCUAAUAAUGAACAACGUCAAACUUCUGCUCUUAUUGAUCAUCAUCAAACUAAUGAUGAUUCAAAACACCUUGCACUUAGUGAUGAUGAAGAUUUAAGCACUAGCAAUAGUGAUGAAGAAUAUAAUCAUAAUAAUAAUGAUCAUCAACAUCAACAUAAUCAAGCAACAUGGCCUCAAAUAGAUAACCAACGUUAUGCAAAGAUAAAGGCUCGUGCUAGUACGGCUAUAAAUGUUGGUGACAGUCGUCUUUGGCCUAUACCUUAUCGAUUUGGAAAACGAGCUGCUAUGCCAUAUCGAUUUGGCAAACGUGCUGCUAUGCCUUAUCGAUUUGAAUUCACUGAUUACAAAAAAAACAAAAAAUUUAUCAUAAAAUAUACAAAUUCUUUUUAUCAUUAA